AUGGCGAGCAGUACCAAAGAAAAUGAUGUUCCCUACUCAAUUCCACGAGAAACACAAAAGAUCUUUGAGGAGGGCAUACUGCAAAACCCACUCAUCGCAUCAACACUACCGAAGGAGAUCGAGGAAUGUUCGAAGCGCAUCCGCUUUGAAGGCACCGACAGGCCCAGUAUACCCAUCAAUUGGCGAUUUGCUGAGAGCGUCUCCGCACUUAAAGGAUUAGAGGCAGCAAUGGUAAACGUACUGUUGAAGCAGAAAUAUGGCGUCGAGCCACAAGAAGCCGUUAUCAAUACCGACCACGCCCAACUAUUCUUCAUGUCCGUCCUGCUAAACACCAUCGACCCAGAAGGCGAAGCAAUCAACGUUGCCUCGGUCUCCACAGCAGAAGGCAAAGCAGCAUACCAGAAAUACUUCAAGAACUACGAUCUGCACGAUGCUUCCAGCAACGUGUACCGUACCGCAGCAACAAACAUCUACCGCUGCAAAGACGGCAAAUACUUCCACCUGCACGGCUCAAUGAACCCCGAACCGACACAAGACAGCAUCGGCGUCCCACACCACAAAUCCGCCUCCACCCCAAAAGAAGCCUACGCCCCGUACGAAGACAAACUAUCCAAAAUCGACUCGCAAGACAUGCAAACCCUCGCGUCCGACACAUACAAACAAGCCGGCACAAUCUGCUUCUCAGCUGAAGAAUUCAAGGAAACCGCGCACGCCAAAGCCAACGCGCAUGUAGGUCUCUACGCCAUCCACCCGGUCAAAAACACCGCCCAACCAGCUUGUUGGUGGCCCGGCAUCCCAAAAACAACCCCCCUCCGCCCCCUCGCCGGCCUCAAAGUCGUGGACAUAACCCGCGUCAUCGCCGCGCCCGCCCUCACGCGCGGUCUCGCUGAACUCGGCGCGUCGGUAAUGCGCGUCACGGCGCAGCACAUCACGGACAUGUCGGCGCUACACGUGGAUCUGAACUGGGGGAAGUGGAACACGCAUCUGGAUUUCCGCUCCCCCUCUGACCUUGCGAAACUGCGAGCGUUGAUUCUUGACGCCGACGUCGUGGUGUCUGGAUACCGCCCGUGCGUGCUAGAUAAAUACGGGCUCGGGCUGGACGACUUGCUUGAGCUGACGAAGGACCGGGAGCGUGGGUUGAUUGUGGUGAGGGAGAACUGUUAUGGGUGGAAUGGGGACUGGCAAGGAAGAUCGGGCUGGCAGCAGAUCAGCGAUGCGUGUUGUGGGGUGAGUUGGGAGUUUGGAAGGGGGAUGGGGGUGGAUGAGCCGGUCACACCUGUAUUUCCGAACAGUGAUUUUUGCACAGGGGUUAGCGGAGUUAUUGGGGUGCUGAAUGCGAUUAUCAGAAGGGGAAAGGAGGGCGGGUCGUGGAAUGUUGAUGUAAGUGGUCUUCUUCUUCUUCUUCUUCUUCUUCUUCUUCUUCUUCUUCUUCUUCUUCUUGCUAGGAAGGAGAGGAUUUUGCCUUGCUAA